AUGUCGCUGGCUCCGCAAGCAAUCCAUUCCAAUCUGUCGCGGCCCCACCCGACCGACUCUCGUCUGCUUCAAAACCUGAUCAAGGGCGAAAAGAGCUACAUCGACAACCUGGCAGCUUCGUCCGUCUCCGGUUAUGCCGCCGCCAGCGCCUUGGCUGCCUGGGGAACCUCCGAGGCGCCAGACAUUUCGAAAGCAGCCCAGACUCUCUCGGAGAUUCUUGCCUCGGUUGCGGAUGCACAGCGCACGCACGUCCAAGCUCUCGAAGGCUACCGCAGUGCGCUCAAGGACGUGCUCGACCGAGAACACAGCAUCCGCUCCGUAGUGCGUGACCGCGAUAUUCUCGUCGGCCGUCUCAUCAAGGCCAGCAAGAAGAAGAUCUCCAAGAAGGACUCGGGACUCAGCCAAGACGAAAAGAUGGAAAAGGUCAACGCAGCGCAACGCGAGCUGCACGCCUGCGAACAGGUGCUUGCUAGCGAAGAAGCGGCUCUCGUCGGCGUCAAGCGUCGCACGUUCAAGGAGGCGCUCACCAUGCGCAUGAAGACCAUGGGCGAUGCCGGUGCCGCCACCGUCGAGGCUGCCAAAGAGGCCAUCCUGCUGCUCGACGAGUUCGACACGCACGGUCCCUUGCUCCAAGCCACCGGCGGCGGUCAGUACGAGAGCAUGUAUGCCGACGGCGGCAUCGAGACCGGUGCCUAUGACAACCAAGCGCUUGAGCAAGGCUACUAUUCUGGCCAGCAAUCCGGUGCGCCUGGCUUGCCUCCACAGGCGUACGCCGACAAUUACGCCAACCACGGCUCUCCUGUCCCUGGAAACGGCGCCAAUCUGACCCGCGAUGAACAGGGUCAUUUCCACAAGGACCUUCAAGCAGGCCAAGACCAUCGUCAUCCCCAGCACUUUGACGGAGCCUCGGUGACACCAUCGCAGUCGGCCAGUCAAGUGCUUGGCCACGACCGCUCCCACGUCCCACUCGGCCAGCGCUACACCUCGCACUUUGAAGACGUCGAGGAGCAAGAAGGCGUCCCUUCCGACACCGACAGCGAAGAGGACUAUCGACGCGCUUUCAUCGAGCCGCGUUCCCGUCUGCCUGCUCCACACGAACUCGGCGUCGCAGCAGACACCCACGAUUCCUUCAUCCCCGAGGCAGCUGCCAACGGCUCGGCAGGGCCACCUCCACCGCCGCCCGGCAAGGACAACGAGGCCUCGCGUGUUCCUAUGCCCGCCGUCCCCACUGCGCCUACCUUUGACGUCAACCAGGCCCGCGGGUACGGCCAGGGACAGGUGGUCGACCAGGGCUUCAACCCUUCUCACGGUGCGGCCUACAGCCCUCCCCGCUAUUCCAUGUCACGUCGCAGCGGCGACUCGGAGAGCGGAUACGGCCACCAGCGCAAAUCGAGCAACUCACUCAUCGGCAAAGUGAGCCGCCUCUUCAAGACCGACAUCCGCAACGGUUCUCCCGUCGAGAACGAACGCGCCGGCUGGAACACUCGCACCUCUGGCAACGUCGAAGCGGAUAGCGAUCGUCGCCGCUUCGGUUCCCUUCGACGAGCAGAGCCCGACAGCUCUGACGAUGAGCCCGACACGCGCGAAGUCUUCCGCAACGUCAACCAGCAGCGUCCAGGCUGGGAGGGUAACGCAAGCAGCGACGUCGGCGGCAAGAAGCUCACUUCGCGCAUCUUGCCCGGACCCAAGAGCAAUCGAGCUCACGAGGCUGAGCAGGCCGAGAUCGACCGCAUCCGCGCUUCUGUCGUUGGCGGCGGCAUUGGAUCGGCGGCGCCUCCUCCCAAGCUAGCCAGCGGAGCCGACAGCAUCCGAUCCAACAACACUGCCGCCACCAAGAAGAAGAAGAAGAAGCGCCCCGUCGCCGGUAGCGAGAUUGGCACGGCGCCAACACGCCCCUCGGCCAGCUACACAGUCUCGGGCGAUCUCUCCUCACUACACGGAAAUGCAACAGCCGGUGACGCCACUCCUCGCCCUGGUCUCUCGCGCAGCUCUACGAUGAAGUCGACCAGCUCCAAGAAGAAGAACAGGGCCAGCAUCGCCAGCACUGGUCUCGUUGGUGGCAACAUAUUCAACCCGAACGCGGGCAAGUAUGGAGCAGACUCGUGGAUCAAGAAACCGGCAAACCAGAUGACGGCGUACGAGGCUGUAGCCAUGGCUGGAGUCGUCCCCAAAUCAGCUUCCCCCAAGGACAAGCCUGCAGCGACGACGCCUUCUGCGUCCACAGCUCCUACUUCGCUGGUGUCUCUCCCGCCUACUCCUGCUCCCGUCAGCUCUUCGCGACCAGCCUCGAUCAUGUCGUCGGCCAGCAAGAAUCCGCCGCUCAAGUCAGCUCUCAAGACUCCGGCUCUCAGCCGUAGCAACAGCAGCGCCAGCGCAAAGGCUCCUUCGUCUUCUCCGACCAAGAAAUCAGCGGCGCAGCCCUCUACACAGACUUCGACAAAUGCUCCGGGUCUGCCCAUCAAAUCUGCGCUUCGCCAUGACAUCACUCAGAGCAUUCGAGCCGACCCUCUGCCUCAACCAAAGAUGGAGCCGAUCCCCAAAGCGCCCGCCCCUGUCACGUCGACGCCCCUUCCCGAAACCGUGGCUCCACCUCAGCCAUCCGCUACUCCAAAAGUAUCUGCACCUUCGCCGCCCGCAGCGGAGCAGCCUUCGACCACGGUCUCGGCCCCUGCGGAGGCGGCCAAGUCUGCGGUUCCACAGGCCCCACAUUCGGUGCUGAGCAUCGAAGAGGACAAAGGUUUCGAUGGCACUGGACGUCUUGAUGUCCCCGUCGCUGCCGACCGUGGUGAAGCGCGAAGCGUGGCAAAGGAUACGUCAACCGUCGCCCAGCAGAACAAGGCGCAGAUGCCCAAGCUCGACAUGCCUAGCUCGGAGCCUUUCUCUAUCUCGUUCGACGGUGCUCGCCGUGGCUCCGCCGUAACCACCGGGAGUGCCGGCGAUGAUGGCGUCGUUACUCCUGGAGCCAUGCAGACGUACCAGGCCUUCAUCCAGGAACACAGCGACUCGCCCUCCGUGGAGAGAUCGGCCAAUGCCACUCCUCUGGGAACCAAUUCGCAGCCCGAAGGUGUCACGCGUCUGACCGAUCGCAAGAUCAAGCUCGAGCCUAGCCGCGUUUACGGUGACGGUGCCCCAGAGGUUAGCGACACUUCAUCUGAAGAAGGCUCGCCCGUGAAGGCCUCUGAGAAGGCUGAGGGCGGAGCACAGAAGGCAGCGCAGGUUCAAGCCUCUUCCGCCCUUGCAGAUCCAUCCCACAAGCCAGACCCCGGCUUGCAAAGCCUCUCUGGUGCUCCUGCUGCCAAGCCGGUCAACGCAGCCUCGCUGGCGGUGCCCGCCAAGGCGCCCAGCGAGACCGGCAGCACCGUUAGCCGACGCAAGAGUGUUCGCAUGGCGCCAGACGUGAAGCUUCCACCCGACACGCCCACCGAUGGCGAGUUUGUAACGCCGCGCGGCACCGAAUACGGUGGACUGGACCCCAUCGCAGCUCGUGGCUCGCAGCUGAGCAGCCGCAUCGCGCCUCCCCCGGCUGCUCCUGCCAAGGCGACCAAAGAGGCGGGUCCCAUCGAUCUUGCGGGUGGACGGCAGACGUCCAGCUGGACCAGCCGCGUCCGCGAGACGGUUGACAGCAGCGACGACGAGGAUGUCGACGAGGAUGGUUACUCAAGCGCCCGCAAGGCCUUUGGCUCUGCUACGCGUGGCUGGGGCGAAGCUAUGGGUACAUCCAAAUCCAAGACAAAGAAGACAGCGGGCGAUGCUGCUUCGGUGCGCUCCAAGGCUUCAGUCUCUUCGAAGAAGCCUGCUGCCAGCAAGCGCGCUUCGGUGGCCGCUGCUGCACCUUCUUCUGCAACUGCUCCUGCCACCCCGCAGCCUUCGAUUGGGUAUGUGCCCACGGCUCCAGGCAGUAUUUCGUCGACACUGUUCACUGCCAAAGCACCUGGCUCUUCGGUGGAGGCAGGGGCAAGCGCGGCAGUGCCCUCCAGCUCCAUGUACUCUGUGACCGCUCCUGGUUCAGUGGUGAAUGGAAACGCAGCCGCUCCGGCAGCCUCUACACCAACCACGACGAGUGCAGCUGUGGUAUCUUCGAAUCCUCCCCCCGCUACAGCCAUGGUUCAGGCCUCGAGUCCAGCGGCUGCUCCCGCUCCUCUGACUGCCUCGAACCUCAACGCGCUUGACAGCAACAAGGGUCGACCCGUCAUGCCUCCUGUGCCUGUUGCGCCACCAGUCCAGGGACAGAGCACGAUCAGCGUCCCCACAGCCCCGCCUCCUGCCAUCUCGGGCAAGGACAGCAGCUCGGGUGGCAAAGGUUUCUUCCGCAGGUUUAAGCGCAACAAGUAA